CACUCUGACCUAUGACACUCUCCGGUUUGCCGAGUUUGAGGAUUUCCCUGAGACCUCGGAGCCCGUUUGGAUCCUGGGUAGAAAAUACAGCAUUUUCACAGAGAAGGACGAGAUCCUGUCUGACGUGGCGUCCAGACUGUGGUUUACCUAUAGGAGAAACUUCCCAGCCAUUGGGGGAACAGGCCCCACCUCAGACACGGGCUGGGGCUGCAUGCUGCGGUGCGGACAGAUGAUCUUUGCCCAGGCUCUUGUGUGCCGACACUUAGGCCGAGAUUGGAGGUGGGCGCAGCGCCAGCGGCAGCCUGACAGCUACUUCAGCGUCCUCAGCGCCUUCCUGGACAGGAAGGACAGCUACUACUCCAUCCACCAGAUAGCUCAAAUGGGAGUUGGUGAAGGGAAGUCUAUAGGCCAGUGGUAUGGGCCGAACACCGUCGCUCAGGUCCUCAAGAAGCUUGCUGUGUUCGACACGUGGAGCUCCUUGGCGGUUCACAUAGCAAUGGACAACACUGUAGUGAUGGAGGAGAUCAGAAGAUUGUGCAGGGCUGGUCUUCCCAGUGCCGGGGCUGCUGCACUCCCUGCGGAUUCCGAGCGGCACUGUAACGGCUUUCCUGCGGAGGCCGAGGCCGCUCCCCGGCCGUCGCCCUGGAGACCACUCGUGCUGCUGAUCCCCCUGCGCCUGGGCCUCACAGACAUCAACGAGGCCUACGUGGAGACGCUGAAGCACUGUUUCAUGAUGCCCCAGUCCCUGGGUGUCAUCGGAGGGAAGCCCAACAGUGCCCACUACUUCAUUGGCUACAUGGGUGAGGAGCUGAUCUACCUGGACCCCCACACGACGCAGCCUGCGGUGGAGCCGAGCGACGGCUGCUGCAUCCCAGACGAGAGCUUCCACUGCCAGCUCCCUCCCUGCAGGAUGGGCAUCGGGGAGCUCGACCCUUCCAUUGCCGUGGGGUUUUUCUGCCAGACCGAGGAGGACUUCAGCGACUGGUGCCAGCAAGUCAAGAAGCUGUCACUGCUCGGAGGUGCCCUGCCCAUGUUUGAGCUGGUGGAGCAGCAGCCUUCCCACCUGGCCUGUCCAGACGUCCUCAACCUGUCCCUCGAUUCUUCUGAUGUAGAACGACUGGAAAGAUUCUUUGACUCAGAGGAUGAAGACUUUGAGAUCUUGUCGCUCUGAAAACCCUGGUUUGGGAUGGCCUCCGUGGCCCUCGCUGGGACAUUUUGAGAAUCCGGCCCUGCUUUGGGUGCUAGGUGCCACCGCAUUCCAUCCAUCCAGCCCACCCUGCCAAGUGCUGCGUGCCUGGGCUGCUCUGUCCAGAGGGUGCCACUCCGCCCGGGGAUGGGGACUGCGCUGUCCCGAGCCUUACUGCUUGGAGUCGCGCUUCUCAGCCCAGAACACACGCCGGGGCUCUCCCUCACAUGACGCCGCUAUAGAAGCCCAGUGCAGCAGGUCCGGGCCUCCAGAGUUCUCCACUUGACACUGCCAGCCGCGUGUCAGUGCAUGGGCUUUGGUCCUGCUUUUUCCUAGUGCCAGUGUCUGGUUUGUAUGGAAUUAAAGCCCUGUUUGAAGUUGC